UGAGCACUGCGCUCACCUGCUGCUGCUGCCCACCCCACCCCACCGCACCGCACCGCACACCGCCGCCAGGGAGACCGGACACACCGCGGCACGCUGGCCUCAUGUCUGAGAAACAACAACAAUAACAACAACAAAAACUAUCCAUUAAAGUGGAGAGAGAGAGAGAGAGAGAGAGACGGGAGGAGGCAGCAGCGGAACCGGGAAUAGGACAUCAUCCUCCUCCGCUGAGGUUAAAGCGGAUCUCUCCGUCCUCUGUCUCUGUUUAGAAGACAAACAUGUCCACGUCCGGGAAAGAAAAAGAAAACAGUGCCGCCCAGCAUGCCAAUUACGUGGGACCGUACCGCCUGGAGAAGACACUGGGGAAAGGACAGACAGGCCUGGUGAAGCUGGGAAUACACUGUGUAACGUGCCAGAAAGUCGCUAUAAAGAUCGUCAACCGAGAGAAACUCAGUGAAUCUGUCUUAAUGAAGGUGGAACGAGAAAUCGCUAUUCUCAAGCUAAUAGAACACCCACACGUUUUAAAGCUGCACGAUGUCUACGAAAAUAAGAAAUAUUUGUAUUUGGUGCUGGAGCACGUGUCUGGAGGAGAACUGUUUGACUACCUGGUGAAGAAGGGGAGAUUAACACCCAAAGAGGCACGCAAGUUCUUCAGACAGAUCAUCUCUGCUUUGGAUUUCUGCCACAGUCACUCCAUAUGUCACCGGGACCUGAAGCCUGAGAACCUGCUGCUCGACGAGAAGAACAACAUUAGGAUAGCGGACUUUGGCAUGGCUUCGUUGCAGGUGGGGGACAGUCUCCUGGAAACUAGCUGUGGAUCACCUCACUACGCCUGUCCUGAAGUUAUCCGGGGAGAGAAAUAUGAUGGAAGGAAAGCAGAUGUAUGGAGCUGUGGUGUCAUUCUGUUUGCACUACUGGUGGGAGCUCUGCCGUUUGAUGAUGAUAAUUUACGAAACUUGUUAGAAAAAGUGAAGCUAGGAGUGUUUCACAUGCCACACUUCAUUCCUCCGGACUGCCAGAACCUUCUCCGAGGAAUGAUCGAGGUCGACGCUAGCAAACGGCUUACGUUAGAACAGAUCCAGAAGCACACAUGGUACAUUGGAGGGAAGAACGAGCCAGAGCCUGAGCAGCCUGUGCUGAGGAAGGUGGCGAUCCGCAGCCUGCCGUCGGCCGAUGACAUCGACCCAGACGUGUUGGAGAGCAUGCACUCGCUCGGCUGCUUCCGAGACAAGAACAAGCUGAUGAAGGACCUGCUGUCAGAUGAUGACAACCAGGAGAAGAUGAUCUAUUUCCUGUUGCUGGACCGAAAAGAGAGGUACCCAAGCCAGGAAGACCAGAACCUCCCGCCACGCAAUGAUAUAGAUCCCCCACGGAAGCGGGUCGACUCCCCCAUGUUGAACCGGCACGGGAAGAGGAGACCGGAGCGCAAGUCCAUGGAGGUGCUGAGUGUGACAGACGGAGGAUCGCCGGUGCCGGCGCGGAGAGCCAUCGACAUGACACAGCAUGGACAGAGGUCACGCUCUAUCAGUGGAGCGUCCUCGGGUCUCUCCACCAGUCCUCUCAGCAGUCCAAGGGUGACCCCUCACCCCUCCCCCAGGGGCAGCCCUCUGCCCACUCCCAAAGGAACGCCUGUACACACGCCAAAGGAGAGUCCAGUGGGAACGCCGACCCCCACACCGCCUCCCAGCCCCUCUAUUGGGGGCAUGCCCUGGAGGACACGUCUCAACUCUAUCAAGAACAGCUUCCUGGGCUCUCCACGCUUCCAUCGCAGGAAAUUACAAGUUCCUACCCAAGAUGAGAUGUCCACCCUCACACCAGAGUCUUCCCCAGAACUUGCCAAAAAGUCCUGGUUUGGUAACUUUAUCAACCUGGAGAAGGAGGAGCAGAUCUUCGUGGUGAUCAAGGACAAGCCACUGAGCUCCAUUAAGGCAGACAUAGUGCAAGCCUUUCUGUCGAUCCCUAGUCUCAGUCACAGUGUGAUCUCCCAGACGAGUUUUCGGGCAGAGUACAAGUCUACAGCAGGUCCCACCGUCUUCCAGAAGCCUGUGAAGUUCCAGGUGGACAUCACUUACACAGAGAGCAGCAGCACAGCCACCAAGGAGAACGGCAUCUACUCCGUCACCUUUACCCUGCUCUCAGGUCCGAGUCGGCGCUUUAAGCGGGUGGUGGAGACGAUCCAGACGCAGCUGUUAAGCACACACGACCAGCCGGGAGUCCAACAGCUGGCUGGAAUUAUCCAGAAAAGCUAUUAACACCCCGCUCCCCUGCUCCAACCGCGUUCUUUGACGGAAGGCUCUGUUCAUAAUGACGAAAACCAGACGCAUCAUCCUUCAUCCUCACCUUCUUUUACCUCUCGCCAAUGACUUUGUGAUCCUUGAGGAAAACAUACAAACCGACACCAACAUCCAGCCCAUGCUCUUCCUUCUCUCCAUCUGACCUUACACAAGGAACUUUUCACGUCUUCAGCUUGCUGAACCACACGCACUACGCAACCAUAUACAAAUAUACACAUGCACAACUGUGGGAUGGACUCCCAAAGGACAAAACUGUGUGAGAAACUGUAUGGGGAGGGGGAACAAUGACGGAUUGUCCCAACGGGAUAAAACUCAUCGCAGAUUGUUUUGUCAUUGACUUUCUUUCCAGUGAGCCGGGUUUGAUCUAAAAAUUCGGCUGCAAAAGUAUGUGUAUGCUUAUAUUGCU